UCUGAACGCCGCUGUCCGCACUUCACAAAGAAGAGCUGAGAGGUGUAGUGUGCUACAACACGCAGCACAUGCACUAACCUGGGAACGAGAUGAUGACUUCAUCUGUGGUCUUUGUCUUGCUGGCUGUUCUAGGACAGACCAGCGCCAAAUUUGAUACUAAUAUUGCUAGAGGUGGAAACGUGAUUCAGUCCUCCCUGUUUGGGAAUGGUGUCCCUGAAAGGGCCAUUGAUGGAAAUCGUACUAGCGACCUGGGACAGGGCUCCUGUAGCAUCACACAAGCAGAUUUAAAACCAUGGUGGAGACUGGACCUCAUGAAGACAUAUCAGAUCAACAAUGUCACCAUCACCAACAGAGGAGAUUGUUGCCCCGAGAGAAUCAAUGGUGCUGAGAUCCGCAUUGGAAAUUCCCUCUAUGACAAUGGUAACGAUAACCCCAGAUGUGCUGUUAUCUCGUCUAUGGCAGCUGGGACCUCCCAAACCUUUAUGUGUAACAGAAUGGAAGGUCAUUAUGUCAACAUUGUGAUUCCUGGAAGACAAGAAUACCUGACACUGUGUGAGGUGGAAGUCACUGGUCAGGCUUUAGGAAUCACUGCUCCAACUGAUACUAAUAUUGCUAGAUGUGGAAACGUGAUUCAGUCCUCCCUGUAUGGGAAUGAUGUCCCUGAAAGGGCCAUUGAUGGAAAUCGUGCUAGCAACUAUGGACAGGGAUCCUGUAGCGUCACUAACAAUGAUUUAAAACCAUGGUGGAGACUGGACCUCCUGAAGACAUAUCAGAUCAACACUGUCACCAUCACCAACAGAGGAGAUUGUUGCCCCGAGAGAAUCAAUGGUGCUGAGAUCCGCAUUGGAAAUUCCCUCAAUGACAAUGGCAACGAUAACCCCAGAUGUGCUGUUAUCUCGUCUAUCAAAGCUGGGACCUCCCAAACCUUUGCGUGUAACAGAAUGGAAGGUCGUUAUGUCAACAUUGUGAUUCCUGGAAGACGAGAAUACCUGACACUGUGUGAAGUGGAAGUCACUGGUCAGGCUUUAGAUACUAAUAUUGCUAGACGUGGAAACGUGAUUCAGUCCUCCCUGUAUGGGAAUGAUGUCCCUGAAAGGGCCAUUGAUGGAAAUCGUGCUAGCAACUAUGGACAGGGAUCCUGUAGCGUCACUAACAAUGAUUUAAAACCAUGGUGGAGACUGGACCUCCUGAAGACAUAUCAGAUCAACACUGUCACCAUCACCAACAGAGGAGAUUGUUGCCCCGAGAGAAUCAAUGGUGCUGAGAUCCGCAUUGGAAAUUCCCUCAAUGACAAUGGCAACGAUAACCCCAGAUGUGCUGUUAUCUCGUCUAUCAAAGCUGGGACCUCCCAAACCUUUGCGUGUAACAGAAUGGAAGGUCGUUAUGUCAACAUUGUGAUUCCUGGAAGACGAGAAUACCUGACACUGUGUGAAGUGGAAGUCACUGGUCAGGCUUUAGAUACUAAUAUUGCUAGACGUGGAAACGUGAUUCAGUCCUCCCUGUAUGGGAAUGAUGUCCCUGAAAGGGCCAUUGAUGGAAAUCGUGCUAGCAACUAUGGACAGGGAUCCUGCAGCGUCACUAACAAUGAUUUAAAACCAUGGUGGAGACUGGACCUCCUGAAGACAUAUCAGAUCAACACUGUCACCAUCACCAACAGAGGAGAUUGUUGCCCCGAGAGAAUCAAUGGUGCUGAGAUCCGCAUUGGAAAUUCCCUCAAUGACAAUGGCAAUGAUAACCCCAGAUGUGCUGUUAUCUCGUCUAUCAAAGCUGGGACCUCCCAAACCUUUGCGUGUAACAGAAUGGAAGGUCGUUAUGUCAACAUUGUGAUUCCUGGAAGACGAGAAUACCUGACACUGUGUGAAGUGGAAGUCACUGGUCAGGCUUUAGAUACUAAUAUUGCUAGACGUGGAAACGUGAUUCAGUCCUCCCUGUAUGGGAAUGAUGUCCCUGAAAGGGCCAUUGAUGGAAAUCGUGCUAGCAACUAUGGACAGAGAUCCUGCAGCGUCACUAACAAUGAUUUAAAACCAUGGUGGAGACUGGACCUCCUGAAGACAUAUCAGAUCAACACUGUCACCAUCACCAACAGAGGAGAUUGUUGCCCCGAGAGAAUCAAUGGUGCUGAGAUCCGCAUUGGAAAUUCCCUCAAUGACAAUGGCAAUGAUAACCCCAGAUGUGCUGUUAUCUCGUCUAUCAAAGCUGGGACCUCCCAAACCUUUGCGUGUAACAGAAUGGAAGGUCGUUAUGUCAACAUUGUGAUUCCUGGAAGACGAGAAUACCUGACACUGUGUGAAGUGGAAGUCACUGGUCAGGCUUUAGAUACUAAUAUUGCUAGACGUGGAAACGUGAUUCAGUCCUCCCUGUAUGGGAAUGAUGUCCCUGAAAGGGCCAUUGAUGGAAAUCGUGCUAGCAACUAUGGACAGGGAUCCUGUAGCGUCACUAACAAUGAUUUAAAACCAUGGUGGAGACUGGACCUCCUGAAGACAUAUCAGAUCAACACUGUCACCAUCACCAACAGAGGAGAUUGUUGCCCCGAGAGAAUCAAUGGUGCUGAGAUCCGCAUUGGAAAUUCCCUCAAUGACAAUGGCAACGAUAACCCCAGAUGUGCUGUUAUCUCGUCUAUCAAAGCUGGGACCUCCCAAACCUUUGCGUGUAACAGAAUGGAAGGUCGUUAUGUCAACAUUGUGAUUCCUGGAAGACGAGAAUACCUGACACUGUGUGAAGUGGAAGUCACUGGUCAGGCUUUAGAUACUAAUAUUGCUAGACGUGGAAACGUGAUUCAGUCCUCCCUGUAUGGGAAUGAUGUCCCUGAAAGGGCCAUUGAUGGAAAUCGUGCUAGCAACUAUGGACAGAGAUCCUGCAGCGUCACUAACAAUGAUUUAAAACCAUGGUGGAGACUGGACCUCCUGAAGACAUAUCAGAUCAACACUGUCACCAUCACCAACAGAGGAGAUUGUUGCCCCGAGAGAAUCAAUGGUGCUGAGAUCCGCAUUGGAAAUUCCCUCAAUGACAAUGGCAAUGAUAACCCCAGAUGUGCUGUUAUCUCGUCCAUCAAAGCUGGGACCUCCCAAACCUUUGCGUGUAACAGAAUGGAAGGUCGUUAUGUCAACAUUGUGAUUCCUGGAAGACGAGAAUACCUGACACUGUGUGAAGUGGAAGUCACUGGUCAGGCUUUAGAUACUAAUAUUGCUAGACGUGGAAACGUGAUUCAGUCCUCCCUGUAUGGGAAUGAUGUCCCUGAAAGGGCCAUUGAUGGAAAUCGUGCUAGCAACUAUGGACAGGGAUCCUGUAGCGUCACUAACAAUGAUUUAAAACCAUGGUGGAGACUGGACCUCCUGAAGACAUAUCAGAUCAACACUGUCACCAUCACCAACAGAGGAGAUUGUUGCCCCGAGAGAAUCAAUGGUGCUGAGAUCCGCAUUGGAAAUUCCCUCAAUGACAAUGGCAACGAUAACCCCAGAUGUGCUGUUAUCUCGUCUAUCAAAGCUGGGACCUCCCAAACCUUUGCGUGUAACAGAAUGGAAGGUCGUUAUGUCAACAUUGUGAUUCCUGGAAGACGAGAAUACCUGACACUGUGUGAAGUGGAAGUCACUGGUCAGGCUUUAGAUACUAAUAUUGCUAGACGUGGAAACGUGAUUCAGUCCUCCCUGUAUGGGAAUGAUGUCCCUGAAAGGGCCAUUGAUGGAAAUCGUGCUAGCAACUAUGGACAGGGAUCCUGUAGCGUCACUAACAAUGAUUUAAAACCAUGGUGGAGACUGGACCUCCUGAAGACAUAUCAGAUCAACACUGUCACCAUCACCAACAGAGGAGAUUGUUGCCCCGAGAGAAUCAAUGGUGCUGAGAUCCGCAUUGGAAAUUCCCUCAAUGACAAUGGCAACGAUAACCCCAGAUGUGCUGUUAUCUCGUCUAUCAAAGCUGGGACCUCCCAAACCUUUGCGUGUAACAGAAUGGAAGGUCGUUAUGUCAACAUUGUGAUUCCUGGAAGACGAGAAUACCUGACACUGUGUGAAGUGGAAGUCACUGGUCAGGCUUUAGAUACUAAUAUUGCUAGACGUGGAAACGUGAUUCAGUCCUCCCUGUAUGGGAAUGAUGUCCCUGAAAGGGCCAUUGAUGGAAAUCGUGCUAGCAACUAUGGACAGAGAUCCUGCAGCGUCACUAACAAUGAUUUAAAACCAUGGUGGAGACUGGACCUCCUGAAGACAUAUCAGAUCAACACUGUCACCAUCACCAACAGAGGAGAUUGUUGCCCCGAGAGAAUCAAUGGUGCUGAGAUCCGCAUUGGAAAUUCCCUCAAUGACAAUGGCAAUGAUAACCCCAGAUGUGCUGUUAUCUCGUCUAUCAAAGCUGGGACCUCCCAAACCUUUGCGUGUAACAGAAUGGAAGGUCGUUAUGUCAACAUUGUGAUUCCUGGAAGACGAGAAUACCUGACACUGUGUGAAGUGGAAGUCACUGGUCAGGCUUUAGAUACUAAUAUUGCUAGACGUGGAAACGUGAUUCAGUCCUCCCUGUAUGGGAAUGAUGUCCCUGAAAGGGCCAUUGAUGGAAAUUGUGCUAGCAACUAUGGACAGGGAUCCUGUAGCGUCACUAACAAUGAUUUAAAACCAUGGUGGAGACUGGACCUCCUGAAGACAUAUCAGAUCAACACUGUCACCAUCACCAACAGAGGAGAUUGUUGCCCCGAGAGAAUCAAUGGUGCUGAGAUCCGCAUUGGAAAUUCCCUCAAUGACAAUGGCAACGAUAACCCCAGAUGUGCUGUUAUCUCGUCUAUCAAAGCUGGGACCUCCCAAACCUUUGCGUGUAACAGAAUGGAAGGUCGUUAUGUCAACAUUGUGAUUCCUGGAAGACGAGAAUACCUGACACUGUGUGAAGUGGAAGUCACUGGUCAGGCUUUAGAUACUAAUAUUGCUAGACGUGGAAACGUGAUUCAGUCCUCCCUGUAUGGGAAUGAUGUCCCUGAAAGGGCCAUUGAUGGAAAUCGUGCUAGCAACUAUGGACAGGGAUCCUGCAGCGUCACUAACAAUGAUUUAAAACCAUGGUGGAGACUGGACCUCCUGAAGACAUAUCAGAUCAACACUGUCACCAUCACCAACAGAGGAGAUUGUUGCCCCGAGAGAAUCAAUGGUGCUGAGAUCCGCAUUGGAAAUUCCCUCAAUGACAAUGGCAAUGAUAACCCCAGAUGUGCUGUUAUCUCGUCCAUCAAAGCUGGGACCUCCCAAACCUUUGCGUGUAACAGAAUGGAAGGUCGUUAUGUCAACAUUGUGAUUCCUGGAAGACGAGAAUACCUGACACUGUGUGAAGUGGAAGUCACUGGUCAGGCUUUAGAUACUAAUAUUGCUAGACGUGGAAACGUGAUUCAGUCCUCCCUGUAUGGGAAUGAUGUCCCUGAAAGGGCCAUUGAUGGAAAUCGUGCUAGCAACUAUGGACAGGGAUCCUGUAGCGUCACUAACAAUGAUUUAAAACCAUGGUGGAGACUGGACCUCCUGAAGACAUAUCAGAUCAACACUGUCACCAUCACCAACAGAGGAGAUUGUUGCCCCGAGAGAAUCAAUGGUGCUGAGAUCCGCAUUGGAAAUUCCCUCAAUGACAAUGGCAAUGAUAACCCCAGAUGUGCUGUUAUCUCGUCUAUCAAAGCUGGGACCUCCCAAACCUUUGCGUGUAACAGAAUGGAAGGUCGUUAUGUCAACAUUGUGAUUCCUGGAAGACGAGAAUACCUGACACUGUGUGAAGUGGAAGUCACUGGUCAGGCUUUAGAUACUAAUAUUGCUAGACGUGGAAACGUGAUUCAGUCCUCCCUGUAUGGGAAUGAUGUCCCUGAAAGGGCCAUUGAUGGAAAUCGUGCUAGCAACUAUGGACAGGGAUCCUGCAGCGUCACUAACAAUGAUUUAAAACCAUGGUGGAGACUGGACCUCCUGAAGACAUAUCAGAUCAACACUGUCACCAUCACCAACAGAGGAGAUUGUUGCCCCGAGAGAAUCAAUGGUGCUGAGAUCCGCAUUGGAAAUUCCCUCAAUGACAAUGGCAAUGAUAACCCCAGAUGUGCUGUUAUCUCGUCCAUCAAAGCUGGGACCUCCCAAACCUUUGCGUGUAACAGAAUGGAAGGUCGUUAUGUCAACAUUGUGAUUCCUGGAAGACGAGAAUACCUGACACUGUGUGAAGUGGAAGUCACUGGUCAGGCUUUAGAUACUAAUAUUGCUAGACGUGGAAACGUGAUUCAGUCGUCCCUGUAUGGGAAUGAUGUCCCUGAAAGGGCCAUUGAUGGAAAUCGUGCUAGCAACUAUGGACAGGGAUCCUGCAGCGUCACUAACAAUGAUUUAAAACCAUGGUGGAGACUGGACCUCCUGAAGACAUAUCAGAUCAACACUGUCACCAUCACCAACAGAGGAGAUUGUUGCCCCGAGAGAAUCAAUGGUGCUGAGAUCCGCAUUGGAAAUUCCCUCAAUGACAAUGGCAACGAUAACCCCAGAUGUGCUGUUAUCUCGUCUAUCAAAGCUGGGACCUCCCAAACCUUUGCGUGUAACAGAAUGGAAGGUCGUUAUGUCAACAUUGUGAUUCCUGGAAGACGAGAAUACCUGACACUGUGUGAAGUGGAAGUCACUGGUCAGGCUUUAGAUACUAAUAUUGCUAGACGUGGAAACGUGAUUCAGUCCUCCCUGUAUGGGAAUGAUGUCCCUGAAAGGGCCAUUGAUGGAAAUCGUGCUAGCAACUAUGGACAGGGAUCCUGUAGCGUCACUAACAAUGAUUUAAAACCAUGGUGGAGACUGGACCUCCUGAAGACAUAUCAGAUCAACACUGUCACCAUCACCAACAGAGGAGAUUGUUGCCCCGAGAGAAUCAAUGGUGCUGAGAUCCGCAUUGGAAAUUCCCUCAAUGACAAUGGCAACGAUAACCCCAGAUGUGCUGUUAUCUCGUCCAUCAAAGCUGGGACCUCCCAAACCUUUGCGUGUAACAGAAUGGAAGGUCGUUAUGUCAACAUUGUGAUUCCUGGAAGACGAGAAUACCUGACACUGUGUGAAGUGGAAGUCACUGGUCAGGCUUUAGAUACUAAUAUUGCUAGACGUGGAAACGUGAUUCAGUCCUCCCUGUAUGGGAAUGAUGUCCCUGAAAGGGCCAUUGAUGGAAAUCGUGCUAGCAACUAUGGACAGGGAUCCUGCAGCGUCACUAACAAUGAUUUAAAACCAUGGUGGAGACUGGACCUCCUGAAGACAUAUCAGAUCAACACUGUCACCAUCACCAACAGAGGAGAUUGUUGCCCCGAGAGAAUCAAUGGUGCUGAGAUCCGCAUUGGAAAUUCCCUCAAUGACAAUGGCAACGAUAACCCCAGAUGUGCUGUUAUCUCGUCUAUCAAAGCUGGGACCUCCCAAACCUUUGCGUGUAACAGAAUGGAAGGUCGUUAUGUCAACAUUGUGAUUCCUGGAAGACGAGAAUACCUGACACUGUGUGAAGUGGAAGUCACUGGUCAGGCUUUAGAUACUAAUAUUGCUAGACGUGGAAACGUGAUUCAGUCCUCCCUGUAUGGGAAUGAUGUCCCUGAAAGGGCCAUUGAUGGAAAUCGUGCUAGCAACUAUGGACAGGGAUCCUGUAGCGUCACUAACAAUGAUUUAAAACCAUGGUGGAGACUGGACCUCCUGAAGACAUAUCAGAUCAACACUGUCACCAUCACCAACAGAGGAGAUUGUUGCCCCGAGAGAAUCAAUGGUGCUGAGAUCCGCAUUGGAAAUUCCCUCAAUGACAAUGGCAACGAUAACCCCAGAUGUGCUGUUAUCUCGUCCAUCAAAGCUGGGACCUCCCAAACCUUUGCGUGUAACAGAAUGGAAGGUCGUUAUGUCAACAUUGUGAUUCCUGGAAGACGAGAAUACCUGACACUGUGUGAAGUGGAAGUCACUGGUCAGGCUUUAGAUACUAAUAUUGCUAGACGUGGAAACGUGAUUCAGUCCUCCCUGUAUGGGAAUGAUGUCCCUGCAAGGGCCAUUGAUGGAAAUCGUGCUAGCAACUAUGGACAGGGAUCCUGCAGCGUCACUAACAAUGAUUUAAAACCAUGGUGGAGACUGGACCUCCUGAAGACAUAUCAGAUCAACACUGUCACCAUCACCAACAGAGGAGAUUGUUGCCCCGAGAGAAUCAAUGGUGCUGAGAUCCGCAUUGGAAAUUCCCUCAAUGACAAUGGCAAUGAUAACCCCAGAUGUGCUGUUAUCUCGUCUAUGGCAGCUGGGACCUCCCAAACCUUUGUGUGUAAUGGAAUGGAAGGUCGUUAUGUCAACAUUGUGAUUCCUGGAAGACGAGAAUACCUGACACUGUGUGAAGUGGAAGUCACUGGGACAGUAACAGAAGAAACUGAUUGUAAAAUAAUUAAUUAGUUUAUGUUCCCUUAAUUUUAACGCUAGUCUACACAAGUUUGCAUAUUUGGUGUGGUUUUGCUUCGCACACAGAGCAUAUUUUAAGUAAAACACUUCGUAUUACAUAUCCUAAGGUCAGGACAAUCGUAUGCUGAAGCUUUAUGUAAAACUGAUACAGAUGGUUGUUUUAUACAUUAGCUAACA